CAGACGUCACGAAGCGAUGAACGCCAAAGCUGCUCCAGUCCCGGUUUACGUGAAGGGAAAACAUCAUAGGAGGCAGGCUGAACAUGGCAAUGGCAGGAUACGGGUCUCCCACCGGAGUUGGUCAGAACUGGUGUGAUGGGUCUCCCACCGAGGUUUCCCAGGUCAACUGUGACAGCAAAACAAACGAUGUUGAAGAGCAGGCGGCAGCACAACAAGUCAACUUGAAUAACGCUGAUGAGAAACCCUACAUGUGUGGGGAGUGUGGGUACAGGGUGGCUUGGAAGUCUUACUUAUCCCGACAUAUGAGAACACAUACAGGAGAAAAACCAUACAAGUGUGACCAGUGUGACUAUUCUGCAGCACUAAAAUCCUCUUUGGACCAGCAUGUAGCAAAGCACACCGGUGAGAAACCCUACAUGUGUGGGGAGUGUGGAUACAGGACAGGUAACAGGUCCAGCUUAUCCCGACACAUGAGAACCCAUACAGGAGAAAAACCCUACAAGUGUGACCAGUGUGACUAUUCUGCAACACGGAAAUCUCAUUUAGACGGUCAUCUCACAAAACACACUGGUGAGAAACCCUACAUGUGUGGGGAGUGUGGGUACAGGGCAGCUACAAAUGGCACCAUAUCCCAACAUAUGAGAACCCAUACAGGAGAAAAACCCUACAAGUGUGACCAGUGUGACUAUUCUGCUGCCCAGACAUCCACCUUAAAGGACCAUCUAGCAAAACAUACCGGUGAGAAACCCUACAUGUGUGGGGAGUGUGGAUACAGGGCAGCUGCGAGGUCCAGCUUAUCCCGACAUAUGAGAACUCAUACAGGAGAAAAAACCUACAAGUGUGACCAGUGUGACUUUUCUGCAGUACAGAAAGCUUCCCUGUUCCAACAUCUAGUAAAACACACCGGCGAGAAACCCUACAUGUGUGGGGAGUGUGGGUACAGGACAGCUCACAAGUCUACCCUAUCUCGACAUAUGAGAGCUCAGACAUCAGAAAACCCCUACAAGUGUGACCAGUGCAGCUAUUCUGCAGCCUCCAAGUCUAUCCUAUCUCGACAUAUGAAAAUUCACACGGAUGCAACAACGUUAACCUUGCAACUGUGACCAUCUGGUAUUUAGUGCUCUAUAUUAUUUCUCUAAUUCCAAGCUCACGAAAAUAUAACAUCAAUACCAAAAAAUGUAAGCUAUAACAUGAAAAUGUCAUAAUCGUUUACUUUCAUGCACUGUACAUCUUUAACUGUGAAACUAUUAGUCACUUAAAAGAAGUCUUAGC